AUGGCUGAAGAGGAAGAGAUUUUAGAGCCACCCAUUGGCGGCGGCUUCGAAGGGAAAGUUUACCUAACAAAGUCCGGUAAAGUAGUAAAGAUUAUGGCUGAUGUUCCAGAAAACUUUAAGUCUGCAUACAGACAAUUCUUACUAACAGAUUUCUUUGAGAAAUGCUACACAAAUCCUCCAUUUGCUCACAUAUUUGAGUUAUCCACAUCUAAUGGUAAAAUUAAACUUAAAAUGGAAAAAUACUAUAAAGAUCUAAGUGCAAGGAUGAAAACAAUUACAAGAGAUGAUGCCUACAAAUUCAUGGACCAAAUCUUUAGUGGCAUAUCUAUGCUUAUUGAUCUGGAAUACGUGUUUCAAGAUUUGAAGCCUGGAAAUAUUUUAUGCAAUAUACACGGUUCAAUCUUCUUAACAGACUUUGGUUCUGGCGUUUUCUUAACUGAAAUAGAUGGCAAAAGGCAAUUUACAUUUAUGACGAACAAAAUUUACACAGAUCCAGAAUUGAGCAAGGGUUGGUUUGAUGUGAUGAAUUACGUUUAUUCAUUGGGUGUCAUUUUCCUUGAAAUGCUACACCAUGGUAAAAUUAAAGAAAAGUCACUAGAAUAUAUAAAACAGUUACAAAAAGGAGAAGAAGAAAAGCCGGCCAGCCAUGAAUCCAAUGAUAAAUCACAGUCGCAAUCUAAUAAUAAUAAUGAAGAAACAGCUUAUGAUGAAAUGUUAACAGAAACAAUUGAGCAUUUCAAGAAGAACCCAUAUGCAAUUGAGUUCAAUGAUAUUAGUGACGAGGAAAAAGAAUUCAUUACCUUUUGUAUUUCCGAUUUCGAAGGAAGAUACACUUUUGAAGAAGCUCAGAAUGAAUUUAAGAAGCUUGUUGAUCUCAGAUCCUAUAAUGUAUUAUAA